AGGACACUGGCUGGCUUGGACUGUCUCAAUGAAUCUAGGUUGAAGUGUAGUAUCCUAGUAUCUCUUAUUAGUCUGUAGUUGAACGCUGACUGGCCAAUAGAUAAAUUCAAUUUAACUAAAACAAAUUACUAAAUGUUCAGUAAUUACAAUUUUGUUUUGAGUUUGUUGGGUGUUAGUUAAAUCAAGAAAUGAAUAAAAUCUGCAGAAUUUGUUUGGAGGAAGGGGUACUUUCUUCGGUGUUUACAAAGAAUUUCAAUAUAUCCUUAUGCGAUAUGAUUGAAUAUUGCUGUAAUGUGAAGAUUCGGAAAAAUGAUGGGCUCCCAGAGCAGUUGUGCAGCAACUGUAUCUACAAGCUGGGAGUAGCUUACCAUUUUAAACAGACGUGUGAGAGUGCUGACGUUCGACUCAGGCAAUACUUGGGACUGCAGUUAACAUCUAAGUAUAAUGAUGCAGCUAUUAUGACGGACCCUCUGCCCAUACCACAAGCUAUAAUAAAGAAAUGCAAAUGUAGACUGUCCCAGAAAAAAAGUAGCACCAACUACAAGAAGAAACCUGAGGAGGAAAAGCUAAAGCGUGGGCCGAAGCCUAAACCCAAACAAGUGCAUGCAUGUUAUGAGUGUGACAAGGAGUUCCGCUGCCAGGCACAGUUGGAGACGCAUGUCAGAACUCACACGGGCGAUAAGCCCUUCAGCUGCAUGUACUGCUCCCGCCGCUUCGCGCAGAAACACAACCUGACUAUACACCUCCGGGUACACACAGGCGAGAAGCCAUUUCAAUGCGAGGUCUGCAGUAAAACAUUUUGCGCGCAGGGAAAUCUUCAGUCCCAUCUCAAAAUUCACACAGGACAAAAGGAUCAUGUUUGUUCCCUGUGUAACAAGUCGUUUAUCACAUCCAGCGAGUUAUCACGACACAUUAACAAACACAGAGGGGUAAAGAACUAUAAAUGCGACAUCUGCGGGGCUGCUUACGCGCAAAGCAGGGAUCUGAAAAUACACAAGAUGAAAAAGCACCAGAUUAGCACUCAAAAUACCACAACUCAAAAUGAUGCUUACAACAAUAGCAAUAACAACAUUGAUAUAAUUGGCAUUGAUGUGGGUAAAGAGAGCUCUUUACCAACCAAGGUGCACAGUGGGCAUAGACCAGCAGACAUCGAAAGUAUAGGCUUGGUCAGCUCUAAAGAGCUGCAUUCAGUUGCCGGGAAGCAUCCGCCGCAGCUCAGCCAGGAGUUGUGUCAGAGUAAAGGUUUCCAGCAAUACAGCAACAAGUUGGACCCCCACACCUGCACGGUUUGCGGUGAAGUGUUUGAGUACAUUACUGCUCUAGCACAUCAUUAUUUGCAUCGACAUAAAGACUGUGAACCAUUACCCAUAUUAAGUUAAUUCGUAAAUUUUAUUCCGAGCAAGGUUCUGUGACGGUAACAUUGUUGAAAUAUUUACAGUGUGUAUCUCUGUUGGCUAUGUGCGCGAAUGUGGCAGCGCAAGGCGGGUAUGAAAAAUAUUGAUCAUUUGAAAGAUGUGUAUAAAUAUGAAAAUUGGGCUCACAAACCAAACUAACAGUUUGGUGUCAGGGCAAAACACAAGGAAGGAAGAAAUAGAGAGAGGCCUUAAUUAGGUUUAAACAAACAUUUGCAUAUGGGUAUCAAAGUUUUGUUUUAGUUAAUGGCCAACCUGAAUACAGAUCAAAAUAAGUAUUACUUUUUAAUACCACAUAAUUGUAAGAUUUUGGCGCUGUUACAUAGACAAAAGUUAUAAGCAUAAGAAAACAGGUUAUGAAUUUAGACAAAACCACUUUCUAGAUUAAGGUAUAUCUUUACUGUUUAAACUGUUUUAGGGUAUUAAAUGACUUGGGCCAAGCUUGUGUGUUUUGUAGAACCUUACAUUAAUUUA